CACCCGGGCUGCCGUAGUCAUGCAGGCUUUGGCACUCCUCCUCAAUGAACGUUGGAAAGAUGGCGACGGCAUACGCAUCAGCGAGAGUCCACAGGGCCGGCGGGUAGAAAGUGGUCCACAGAGUCCUCCUGACGCAUGUGGUGCAGAGACUGAACGGUGCACAGUGAGUCUGGUACCCCUCAGACAUGCUUUAGUCCAUGCACGGAUAGGAACCAGAAGCCCCGGCUCUGCUAUGGAGCCUCCAGACCGGAACAAGCCCAGCAGCAGGCAGACCAAGCCAGGGGAAGAUGCAUCCCAACAGAACUCUGUGGUGGAUGAAUCCUGGGACUCUCCCAGUGAAGAAGAAGAAGCCCUGUAUGGCACCUCGCCUCCGUAUACCUCCCGCCAGAUGAAACGCAUGUCUGCUAAACAUCACCGGAGCAGCGGGGCGAGGGGGGCGGGAAGGUCUCCUAACAAAGCGGACGUGAGCCAAACUGUGCCAAAGGAGAACCCCAGACCGGCGGAGCCCCCUGAGGAGCACAGCUACAAGCAGGGCAAGAAGCAGAGGGCGGCACAGCGCACCACGGAGAGAGACCACAAGAAGACCUUCGAAGGCUCCUUCAUGCUGGAUCCGCUCUCAAAGUCCGGUCCUUUCAGCGCCCUCAGCAUGGAUCCCAGGAAACACUACCUGAGCUUAGGCUGCAGCAGCGGCAAGCAGCCGGUCUCUAUGCCCUUUAUAGUCCGGACUCACCGCCAGACCUCCAGGACAGACUGUCCUGCUGACCGCCUCAAGUUCUUUGAGACUCUGCGGCUGCUGCUCAAGCUCACGUCUAUGUCCUCCAAGAGGAAGGAGAAGGAGCAGCGAGGCCUGGAGAACAUGGCCUUCAUGGGUCACAACAAAGAGGUCAUCUGGUUGGAGCUGCAGGCGUGGCAUGCACGGCGCUCCACCAGCGACCAGGACCUUUUUCUUUUCACUGCCCGCCAGGCCAUCCCUGACAUCAUCAACGAGGUGCUGCACUUUAAGGUGGACUAUGCCAGCCUGAGGGGGGCCAAGUAUUUAGGGUCACAGAUAUUUGAGGUGGACUAUCAGGACGCUCCAGGUCUCAGCCGCGGGGAGGAAAGGGGGGCUGUCGUAGCGGAAACCAACCACUGUGGAGUCGAUCCCUGGGGAUUCAGCGCCUUCUCUUCCCCGGGGAUGAACGCGGCUGAGCCUCUGGGCUCGAGCGCUGACUGCAGGGAGCACCUCCAGCGCCAGCGGCUGGCGUUCGAGCAGGUGAAGCGUGUGAUGGUGUUACUGGAGUAUGUGGAAGCCUUGUACCCGUCUUUGCAGGCCCUGCAGAAGGACUACGAGAAGUACGCAGCACGGGACUUUCAGGGCCGGUUGCAGGCGCUCUGUCUGUGGCUCAACAUCACGCAGGACCUCAAUCAGAAGCUGCGUGUCAUGGCCACCGUGCUGGGCCUCCAUGAUCUCUCCCGCAUUGGAUGGCCUAUCUUUGAGAUCCCUUCCCCACGCUGCUCUCGUGGAAAUGAAGAAGAGGAGAACGAGGAAGAGGAGGAGAAUGACUCUACGGCCACUUUUACGGCUGAAAGCGACACAGAGGACAGGGAGGUGGAGGAGGAGGAGGAGGAGGGAGAACUAGGACACGUAGCAGACGGAGACUUGUCUCCAUCCCUCACGCCUAAAUUUGCUCUGUUGCUGUCAGAGGAUGACUUCCUCCCCGCUGCCUCUGCAGGAAGUGCAGAAGUAUCCGUGGAGGAGGGAGUGUUCUGUCCCACGGCCAUCUAUAGACCGUUUGUAGACAAAGCUCUGAAACAGAUGGGACUCCGUAAACUGAUCCUCCGACUGCACAAGCUGAUGGACCGGUCUCUGCAGAGAUCCAGAGCAGCACUGCUCCGCAACACGCCGGCCCUGGAGUUUGCAGAUUUCCCAGACCCCAUGCUCUACAGUGAUUACCUGCCGGAGCUGUCCCGCCACCUGUCCUGCAGCGGCCCGGCUCAUCCAGAGCUCGGGGCGGACAUGGUUUCCUGGGAGGAUAUGCUGGACAUGGACCUCCCAUCUUUCCAGCCGGCGUUCCUCGUGUUGUGCAGAGUCCUCCUCGACGUCAUUCACGAAUGCCUUAAAUUACGACUUGAACAGAGGCCGGCUGGAGAGCCUUCCCUGCUCAGCAUCAAACAGUUGGUGCGUGAGUGUAAGGAGGUCCUGAAAGGCGGUCUCCUGAUGAAGCAGUAUUAUCAGUUCAUGCUUCGAGGUGUGGUGACUGACGCUCAGGGUUUGCAGACGAACUCUAAUAUCGAUGAGUUUGAAGAGGACCUUCAUAAGAUGCUGAUGGUCUACUUCGACUACAUGCACAGUUGGAUCCAGAUGUUGCAGCAGCUGCCUCAGGCCUCUCACAGCUUAAAGAACCUGUUGGAGGAGGAGUGGAACUUCACUAAGGUCAUCACUCCGUAUAUCCGAGGAGGGGAGGCGCAGUCUGGGAAGCUUUUCUGUGACAUCGCCGGGAUGCUGCUUAAAUCCACGGGAGAGUUCCUCGAAGCCGGCCUGCAAAGAAGUGGAAAUGAAUUCUGGGAGAGUGCAGACGACAGCACUGCCUCAGAUGAGAUCAGACGGUCGGUUAUUGAGACGAGUCGGUCCCUUAAAGAACUGUUCCAUGAAGCCAGAGAGCGAGCAUCCAAAGCUCUGGGCUUUGCCAAAAUGCUUCGCAAGGAUUUAGAAGUCGCUGCAGAUUUUAGCAUCACCAACGGGGUGACUUCUCUUCUGGAGGCCCUGAAGAAGAGAAACCAUGUCAAGGUUCAGAUCCCCGGCCUGGAGGAGCUGCAGAUGUUUGUCCCCUGUGGUCUGAUGGAUCAGCGACCUCUCAUCCUGCAGCUUCUGAAUGCUGCUGCAGGAAAAGACUGCUCCAAAGAGCCGGACGAGAUGGUCGAGGACGAGGCCUACUUGCUCAUGAGUAAACACGGAGCCGGGGACUCCACCACCGAGUCCGAGUGGGCUCAGUGGGACGGAGACCUGCUCAAACUGGUCCCCCAGAUGGAAACUGUGGACACUCUGGGAGCCAUGAAGGUGGAGAACAUGCUUCUGAUCGUGAUGCACUCGGCUCACCUGGUGGCUCAGAGGAAGUCCUUCCAGCAGUCGAUGGAGGACGUGCUCGCUCUGAGCCGGGAGCAAACAUCGAGUCAGCCACUCAUCGCCAGCGCGCUGGAAGAGCUGAAGGAUGAGGCGCUACAGCUAUGCAUUAAGAUCGGCACUGCCAUCGACCGGGUGGAGUACAUGUUCACCACAGAGUUUGAGGCGGAGGUGGAGGAGUCCGAGUCGGCCACUCUGCAUCAGUACUACAGGGAGGCCAUGAUUCAGGGCUACAACUUUGCCUUUGAGUAUCACAAAGAGGUGGUGCGCCUGAUGUCAGGAGAGUUCAGGCAGAGGAUCGGAGAACGUUACAUCACCUUUGCCCGUAAAUGGAUGACCUAUGUCCUCACCAAGUGUGAGAGCGGGAGAGGAACCAAGCCCAGGUGGGCGACUCAGGGUUUUGAUUUCCUUCAGGCCAUCGAACCUGCCUUCAUAUCAGCGUUACCAGAGGAAGACUUCCUGAAUUUGCAAGCUUUGAUGAAUGAAUGUAUUGGACAUGUGAUUGGAAAACCUCACAGCCCGGUCACCGGCCUCUACGUCGCUCCCAGGAAUAGUCCUCGUCCUGUAAAGGUCCCUCGCUGCCACAGUGACCCUCCAAACCCCAACCUGUUCAUCCCUAACGCUGAAGGUUUCAGCUCCCGAAGUCUCCCCUGCGACCUCCGGAACCAGCUUUUCCCCAACGGCCCUCGCCCCGUCCCUCAGGGCCCGGGGGAACAACACAGCCACACCAAAGCAGCCAGCAGCAGCCCCAGUGACGUCAGGGGAUCCAGUUUCCACGAGAACGACCGCCUGUCUACAGUCGCUGCAGAGUUGAAUUUCAAAUCUCUGAGUCGCCACUCCAGCCCCACGGAGGACAGAGAAGAACCCUCCUAUCCUAAAGGAGACGCUAACAGCACUGCCCGUCGAAGCUGGGAGCUCCGCACGUUCAUCAGCCAGUCCAAGGACACAGCUGCACGACAAAACCCCAUGGAGGCCGUCCGCCGCUCCAUCCGUAAGUUUGAGGAUAAACGCUACGCUGUGAUGAAGCAGCGCAACAUCAUCGGCCAAGUGUGUCACACGCCCAAAUCCUACGACAACGUCAUGCAUGUCGGACUCAGGAAGGUGACUUUCAAGUGGCAGAGAGGAAACAAGAUAGGUGAGGGUCAGUACGGGAAGGUGUACACCUGCAUCAACGUGGACACUGGAGAGCUGAUGGCCAUGAAGGAGAUCCGAUUCCAGCCCAACGAUCACAAAACCAUCAAAGAGACGGCGGACGAGCUGAAGAUCUUCGAAGGCAUCAAACACCCGAACCUGGUGCGAUACUUCGGAGUGGAGCUCCAUCGGGAGGAGAUGUACAUCUUCAUGGAGUACUGUGAUGAGGGAACUCUGGAGGAGGUUUCCAGACUGGGACUGCAGGAACACGUCAUCAGACUCUACAGCAAACAGAUCACUACAGCCAUCAACGUGCUGCACGAACACGGCAUCGUGCACCGGGACAUCAAGGGAGCAAACAUCUUCCUGACGUCCUCUGGACUCAUUAAGCUCGGAGACUUCGGCUGUUCGGUCAAGUUAAGGAACAACACUCACACUAUGCCAGGGGAGGUGAACAGCACCCUGGGGACUGCAGCGUACAUGGCUCCUGAAGUCAUCACCAGAGCGAAGGGGGAAGGUCAUGGACGAGCAGCGGACAUCUGGAGCUUGGGCUGCGUUCUCAUCGAGAUGGUGACAGGAAAAAGACCCUGGCAUGAGUAUGAGCACAACUUCCAGAUCAUGUACAAAGUGGGCAUGGGCCACAAACCCCCCAUCCCAGAGAAGCUGAGCACAGAGGGGAAAGAUUACCUUGGUCACUGUCUGGAGAGCGAACCCAAACGCCGCUGGACAGCGAGCAUGCUGCUGGACCAUCCGUUCGUCAAGGUGUGUACGGAUGAAGAGUGAACGGACGCUCCUCUGCAGCUUCCAAGUUUACAAAGAAAGCACUACUGUACGCUGUCGGCAUCAGAGAACAGAACUGUGGACGCUGAGGAGACCAAGUGACGGCUGAAGGCACAUGGAGUUAAACUGAGGAACUAAUAUCAAUACAGAGGACGACUGGACCUAUGGAGUGUG